UUCCCCUAAAUUCUCUCUCGAACUUUCUUUCGAUCUGGCCGCCGCCGCCGCCGGUGGCCGGAAUCGAUUGCGGUCCACUCCCCGUUCCGUCAGGACGGUCAUUCCCUUGCUAGUGGCCUCGUCUCUCCGAUCUCGCAGUGCAAGUUCUCAGCCUUUGCUAUGGAGACCGAUCUCUCACGCAAGUCAGUCACCCCCUCCUCUCGCGACCUCUGAUCUCGCAGGCUGAUCCUCUGCUUCGAUAUCGCUUAUUAUCAAUCUCUGGCUCGCACGCCGGUCACAGCAUCCAGUUUCCCUAGUCCAUCAGCCUUCAAAUUUGGACGCCUCUACGAUCACGUAGCUCUUGAACACCAUAGAAGGAUAAUUAGGACGAGAAACCCUAUUUCUAUAGUUUUUUUUUUCACUUGUAAGUGGAGAGAAGAGCAGUCUCAGCAGCUCGAACAAUUGUGACUGGAAAAAUGGUGGAUGUAUGGUGGUCAUUGCUAGGGGCUGCAAUUCCAGCCAUCAUAGCGGGGCAAGUCGUCAGAGUAAGAAGGCGACAUGCUGAUGAACAAAGGCUCAAGAAUGCUCGCGGCCGUGAGAACUCUGAUGAAAUCUUCGUCUGCGAGAGAGUCUGUACUUCGAAGAGAAUGCUGAAGAAGGUCGGCGCAUUUUCUAAAGAUCCGAUCCUCGACACGUGUGUCACUGUGUGUGGUGUCUCGGAACUUGAUGCCUGUGCUGAUGCCUGUGCCAGGACUGUCUGUGUUAACCAACACCAAGUGCCCAAUUGGAACGACAUCUGCAUGAAGAGGUGCCAAAGCGAAUGCCUCAGGCUCUCUGCAUCUUCGAUUUGAACGAGCCGAAUCAGUAAUUCAGUUGUAUUCUCGUCCCGUAUUUUGAAUUUAAGAACAAAAAAGGGGGGAAAUUCAUUUAUCUUCUCUUUCAAAAUGCACCUUUAUAAUUUUAAAAUCAUUGAAGUACCUUCAAACACUUUGAAA